AUGGCUUCACUUGGAGAUAUAGGAUUUGCAGCUGCGAUAAAUAUCCUUACUGCAAUUGCUUUCUUACUUGCAUUUGCCAUACUUCGGAUUCAACCUAUAAACGAUAGAGUUUAUUUUCCGAAAUGGUAUCUGAAAGGUUUAAGGUCAAGUCCGUUGCAAGGAGGGGCGUUUGUGUCGAAAUUUGUUAAUAUAGACUUCAGGUCAUACAUAAGGUUCUUGAAUUGGAUGCCUGCAGCGUUGAAAAUGCCGGAACCUGAACUAAUUGAACAUGCUGGUUUGGAUUCUGCUGUAUACUUGAGGAUAUACUUACUCGGGCUGAAAAUAUUUGUCCCAAUUUCACUCCUAGCGUUUUCUGUUAUGGUUCCUGUCAAUUGGACUAAUAAGACAUUGGAACGAUCGAAUGUUGUUUAUACCAGUGUAGAUAAGCUUUCGAUUUCAAAUAUUCCAAUGGGAUCAAAUAGAUUUUGGACUCACUUAGUAAUGGCUUAUGCUUUUACCUUCUGGACAUGCUAUAUCUUGAAAAGGGAGUAUCAAAUAGUUGCAGCAAUGAGAUUGUCUUUUCUUGCAUCUGAACGACGCCGUCCUGACCAAUUCACGGUAAUUGUUAGGAAUGUACCACCCGAUCCCGAUGAAUCAGUCAGUGAGCUAGUUGAACAUUUCUUUUUGGUCAAUCAUCCAGAUAACUAUCUCACUCAUCAGGUUGUUUACGAUGCAAAGAAACUCUCUAGUCUAGUUGCUCAGAAGAAGAAAAAACAGAAUUGGCUUGACUACUAUGAGCUAAAACAUUCUAGAAACCAAUCCAUAAGGCCAACUAUAAAGACUGGAUUUUUAGGUCUUUGCGGUAGUAAAGUAGAUGCUGUUGAUUUUUAUAAUGCAGCAGUUGAGAGGCUGUCAAGAGACAUAGAGUUAGAGAAAGAAAAGGUCAUGAAGAAUUCUAAAUCUAUAAUGCCAGCGGCUUUUGUUUCCUUCAGAACUCGUUGGGGUGCGGCAGUUUGUGCACAAACUCAACAAACAAGAAAUCCGACGACAUGGUUGACUGAAUGGGCUCCAGAACCCCGUGACGUGUAUUGGGAUAACAUGGCCAUACCAUAUGUUUCACUCACAAUAAGGCGGCUUGUAAUUGCUGUUGCUUUCUUCUUUCUCACAUUCUUUUUCAUGAUUCCAAUUGCAUUUGUACAGUCACUUGCUAAUAUUGAAGGCAUUGAAAAAGCAGUACCCUUCCUCAAAGCCUUCAUUGAAAUAAAAGUCAUUAAAUCUCUUAUACAAGGUCUUCUUCCUGGGAUUGCUUUGAAGAUAUUCCUCAUAUUUUUGCCUUCGAUAUUGAUGAUGAUGUCCAAGUUCGAAGGGUUUAUAAGCAAGUCUGCUCUAGAAAGAAGAGCAGCCACAAGAUAUUACAUCUUUCAGUUCAUUAAUGUGUUUCUCGGGAGCAUAAUUACCGGGACUGCAUUCCAACAACUAGAUAAAUUCCUCCAUCAAUCUGCAAAUGAAAUUCCCAAGACAAUUGGUGUUUCGAUUCCAAUGAAAGCAACAUUCUUCAUAACAUACAUAAUGGUUGAUGGGUGGGCUGGAUGUGCUGGUGAGAUUUUAAGAUUGAAGCCUUUGAUAUUUUAUCACUUAAAGAAUUUCUUGUUGGUGAAGACUGAAAAAGACCGAGAAGAAGCAAUGGAUCCCGGGACUUUUGGUUUCAAUACCGGAGAACCUCAAAUUCAACUUUAUUUCUUGCUUGGCCUUGUGUAUGCUGUGGUCACACCAUUUCUACUUCCAUACAUCAUCGUGUUCUUUGGUUUGGCAUAUCUUGUCUACCGUCAUCAGAUUAUUAAUGUGUACAACCAAGAGUAUGAGAGUGCUGGAGCAUUCUGGCCUGAUAUUCAUGGACGUAUUGUAUUUGCGUUAGUUAUCUCGCAACUUCUGUUAAUGGGCUUACUGAGUACAAAAGAAGCUGCUAACUCAACUCCACUGCUCAUCGCUCUCCCAGUUUUGACAAUAUGGUUUCAUCGGUUUUGCAAGGGAAGCUACGAACCUGCUUUUACUACUCAUCCAUUACAGGAAGCAAUGGUGAAAGAUACAUUGGAGCGAACAAAAGAGCCAAACUUCAAUUUGAAAGAGUUCCUCCAAAGUGCAUAUAUCCAUCCCGUUUUCAAAGAUGAUGAUGACUCAGACAGUGAUGCGAUGAGUCAAGAGUAUAAGGAAGAGCCGGUGGUUGUCCAAACAAAACGCCAGUCACGGAAGAACACACCUGCCCCUAGCAAACAUAGUGGUUCAUUACUGUCCUCGAUGCAUGACACGGCUGAUGUCUGA